AUGGACGACGCCAGCGGAGACUGUAUCGAACGCCAUGCACAAGCUGCCGAAAAAGACAGGCAGAAUGUAGCCGACCAUGGUGAAGCGCCCGAAUUACUUCAGUCAGCGCACAAGACCCAGGCUCUCCUAGACCCAACAAGAUGGUGGUUCGCGUCAUCCGCAUUCCCCAUGAUGGCUGGCACCCUGGGUCCUGUUGCGUCGGCUUUCAGUAUAUGCGCCCUGGUGCGGCCUUGGAGGCAGCACAUGCCGCCAGGAACCAACAUCAGCCAAGCCGGGUUUGUCCAAGACCCGACAUAUCUCAUCGCAGUUAACGCCGUUCAGCUGGUGGUUGCCAUAGUGGCCAAUUUGUUCCUGCUGCUGAACAUGGCCCGUCGUAUCAGGUUCACCAUAGCAAUGCCUGUGACUAUUGUUGGAUGGUAUCUCUCGUCUGUCUGCCUCGUCUGCCUCGCUGCUACAGCCGCAGGGCCAUUGGUCCUCCAGCCUGCGGAAGAGUAUAUCUGGUCACAGGCGUUUUACUAUGGUAUUUUUGCUGCCAUACUCUACUUCAUCGUGGCCACGCUUCUCGUCGUCACGGCGUACGGGGCUUACAUCGGCCGCUACGACAGCGACUUUCAGCUUACGGCGAGCCAGCGUACCCUGAUGCUGCAAACAAUCAUGUUCCUCAUGUACCUGCUCGUCGGAGCACUGAUCUUCUCCACGAUUGAGGGUUGGUCGUAUCUUGAUGCCGUUUAUUGGGCCGAUGUGACCCUGUUCACUGUUGGAUUCGGGGACAUGGGAGCAGCGACACCUCUGGGUCGGGGACUGUUGUUCCCUUAUGCCCUGGUCGGCAUCAUAAGCUUGGGUCUCGUUAUCGGAUCAAUCCGGAGCUUGGUGCUGGAGCGUGGAAGAAGGAUGAUCAACGCGCGUAUGGUCGAGAAAAGGAGAAGGCACACAGUCAAGCGUCUUACCAAGAAAGGCCAGGUCCAUAUACUCGCGCCUGUUAGGAAUGAGGCCGAAGAGCAGACGGAGCACUCGAACGACCCAAGUAAUCCAGCAGAAAUCGCACGAAGACAGAGAGAGUUCCAGCUGAUGAGACAGAUCCAGGCACAUGCAGCCAACCGGAGACGUUGGGUCGCCAUGGCUUUCUCCUCAACCACAUGGAUCGUGCUUUGGCUUGCUGGAGCCUAUGUUUUCCAGGCAUGCGAGGGCCCGUACCAGGGAUGGGGCUACUUUGAUGGGGUUUACUUUGCCUUUGUCAGCUUGACCACCAUAGGCUACGGUGAUGUGACGCCAAUCUCGAAUCCUGGAAGAGCGUUCUUUGUGUUUUGGUCGCUCCUAGCUCUGCCGACGACGACGGUACUCAUCUCGAAUGCCGGCGACACCAUCGUGAAAAGUAUCAGAGACCUGACGGACCGGAUCGGUGGUGUUACCAUCCUUCCCGGCGACAAGAACGUCGUGGAGGACAUUAAGGCUAUUUUGCGGACGUUGUCGCUUGGGAAACUUUUCAAAGAGGGAGAUGGAGAGACCGAAGAUCUGCCGCCAGGAUUCCUUGGUCAGGCGAGGAUUCGGCGGUCAUCUGAUGACAGCGACAGCUCUGAAAGGGACGAAGAGGAGGAUAUUGAAACCAGAUCCAAGACCAAUGGAUCAGAAACUGACAAAGAAAAGACAACCGCGGAAGGUUCACGGUCUCUGUUGAAAGAGAACGACCCGAACCUAAAAGAAAAAGGCCCAGCCCAGCACGAUGGCGCAGUAUCUCGAGAAGCCGCGUUAGGGUUUCCAAAAGAUAUCCCCACGAGCCGUGCCGAUUACCACGUUGUGCUUAUUGACGAAAUCGCGCGAGUCGCCAAGCAUAUGAAACACAAGCCGCCCAAAAAAUACAGCUUUGCCGAAUGGGCCUGGUAUCUACGACUGAUCGGCGAGGAUGAGAGCAACCCAGAGAUUCAUCGCCAGGCGGAACCGCAUGCGCGCAACCACCACUACCUACCACAUUUAGGUCGGAAAGAGGCGCACGGAGAAAGCGGACGGCGGGAAAGCAAAGACGGAGACAUAUCCGAGAAACCCGGAAGCUGGAGCUGGAUUGGAUCUCGAAGUCCCCUGAUGGGGAGACAAGAUGAGGCUGAAUGGAUACAUGCCAGGCUGGUGAUGAAGUUAUCGGAAGAGUUGCGGGCUAGAAGGGACGAGUAA